ACAUAAAAGUCGAAACCGCACAGUAGUCUUCAGCUGAGCCGGCCCGGAGCCUCGGACUCUCUCAGAGCGAGAAAUUGAAGUCGAGAGAGAGAGAGAGUGUUCCAAAAUGCUACGAAUCCUAUCAGAUAAGGGAAGAACACGACCCACCGAAUUCGAAUCAGAGCCAACGCAGUGUCAGUCCCAGACGCCAUGACUGAUAAACCCUAGCUUAAAUUUUGAUUCUCAAAUCCCUAAUUUGGUUCAGCUUUUGAUCUGUCUUCUUGCCUAUUACCUCCUGCAAGUCUGCAUGAGUUGGCAAGAAGAACUCAAUUGGACCUUCAAGCCUCGGUACUUGAAGCAUCCAUGGGGUUGGUUAUCUUUUCUCACGCACCAUCUUCGUCUCUCAUCACCAUUUCUCUUCGCCCUACACCUCCUUCCUUACCUCGUCCUCGAAUUCGCCAUCGCCUCUCCCCUAGCCUAUGGAUGAAUCGUUCUGCUGCUUCUUUCACUAGGCUGGACUGUUUUACUUCAAGGUGUUCCAUCACAAAUGCUGAUUUGCAUUUCAACAACGUUGCUACAGAGGAAGAGGUGCAGGAUGAAUUAUCAUCUGUCUCGUCUGGGUGCUCGGUUCCUGUUGUUCAUCUCAAAACAGGGAUUAUUGAGAGUGAAGCCUUGAAUCUACCGGCUGAGGACACCUAUAUGAAUGAACUGUUGACCACAUUGCCAGUUUUAUCAGAGGAGGAGCAGAACGCUUUAGCUGCCACUCCAGCUCACCCAGCAGGAUUAUUUGCUUUAUAUGCCAGUUGCUUAGCUGGUAAUUUGGUGGAGCAGCUCUGGAAUUUUGCUUGGCCUUCUGCUGUUGCAUUGCUUCAUCCAAAUCUUCUACCUGUGGCUGUUGUGGGUUUUUUCACCAAGCUUGCAAUAUUUAUUUGGGGGCCUUUGGUUGGCAAUCUUAUGGAUCAAUUUCCUAGAGUACCUGCAUAUAACUUUUUGAGUUCCAUCCAGGCAGCUGCUCAGUUGUUAUCUGUAGCAAUGAUAAUACAAGCUCAUAGUAUUCCUCCCUCCUCGGCAUCAUCUGUGCUUCUACAACCUUGGUUUGUCAUGCUGGUGUUAGCUGGAGCUGUUGAGAGGCUUUCUGGCUUAGCCCUGGGUGUUGCCAUGGAGCGUGAUUGGGUUGUGCUGUUAGCAGGUACAAAUCGCCCCAUUGCACUUGCUCGAGCAAAUGCUAUUAUCAGUCGAAUUGAUCUUCUCUGUGAGAUAGUUGGUGCAUCACUAUUUGGUUUGCUUCUUUCUAAGUAUGACCCAGUUACCUGCUUGAAGCUUGCUGCUGGCCUAAUGAUAUGUGCACUGCCUGUUGUGCUUCUUCUCAUGUGGUUAACCAACAAGCUCUCUGCUGGUGUUCUUGAUCGCUAUAAAUGCCCUCAAGGUUGUGGGAAAUCUUUCAAUGGGGAACUCCUGUCUGAUGCAGGGAAUAUAGUGGAGAUAGGCAUGGAUGCAAUCAAGAAGGGGUGGACAGAGUACAAGCAGCAGCCUGUUCUUCCUGCAAGUCUGGCUUAUGUGCUCCUCUAUUUCAAUGUUGUCCUUACUCCUGGAGGAUUAAUGACAGCGUUCUUAACACAGCAUGGUUUAAAUCCAUCAAUCAUUGGUGGGUUUAGUGGAUUAUGUGCUUUCAUGGGUGUUGCUGCAACAUUUAUUUCAGCUAAUCUGGUCAAGCGGCUAGGCGUUCUCAAGGCGGGAGCAGCCGGGUUGAUAUUCCAGGCUUCACUGCUCAGUCUGGCUGUUGCUGUGUAUUGGAGUGGUUCUCUUUCCCAAAAAAUGCCCCUACUUUUCUUCCUAUGUUUGAUUGUAUUAUCAAGAUUGGGCCACAUGUCAUAUGAUGUUGUUGGGGCCCAAAUUCUUCAAACUGGGAUCCCAACUUCCAAGGCAAAUCUGAUUGGGACAACAGAGGUUUCAGUUGCAAGCCUGGCAGAGUUUGUAAUGUUGGGAGUGGCAAUAAUUGCAAACGAUGUUUCACAUUUUGGUUUUCUAGCGAUGCUCUCCCUGUCAUCGGUGGUGGGGGCAGCAUGGCUGUUUUGCCGAUGGCUAUUGGAUCCAACAGAUGAACAGAGAAGGCUUUUCUCUUUUGAUCCCCAAUUUUGAUUCUUAAAUGUAACUACACAACAUAUUUGCCUCUUCACUGUAGUUAGCACUAGGAAGUUCCUAUAUAGUCCCAUGGAUCAGAUUUCUUGUAAAUGCCUCAUCCGAAGGAUUGAAAAUGAUUGGAAUCCUUUAUCCAUGUUACCCAUUUACCCACCUUAUCCUACCCAAGUUUGGAGUGUAACUCAAGGACUGCUUACCCUAUAAGAGAUUGGGGAGGUUAAGGGUAAGGGGGUUCUCAGCAAAGAUUUUCAUCCCACAUACCCAGAAGGCCAUGACACAUAUUUACCCAAGUAUUCAUAACCCAUUGGCUGUAAGCACAAAUCCUGCUGCCCAUUAUAUUGUCAUUCCCCAAGCAGAAAAUGUUAGGUUAUGUUUGGUAAUGCAUUACCAUUUUCAGAAUAGAAUGUAUUCUUUAAUUGAUAAUGAGAACAUUCUUUGGAUACGUGUUUUACUAA